AUCUCCCAACCACUCAAUAAAACCGAAUGAUAAUUUUCGUGGCUAAGGAGUACCACGUAGCCGGGGACGCUGACUCGUACAAAACCCUGCCCUGACCUCGCUCGAGGGUUUUAGCCGCGCAGAAGUGAAGAGGCGAGAGUGUGCCAUUCGAAUUCCAAGGUUCAAGAAUGGCUUUUGUUAGCAAGGUCGGGUAUAUGUUGAAGCAGACAAUAAGCAACCACGUCAAGUUGGAACUAGCAGCAUCUAAACCAUCAAUUUAUCAGGCUAUAAGAUGCAUGUCAUCUUCAAAGCUCUUUGUUGGAGGUAUCCCGUAUUCCACAGAUGAAAUGAGUUUGAGAGAAACAUUUGCCCAAUAUGGGGAAGUGGUUGAAGCUAGGAUUGUCACGGAUCGUGAAACUGGAAGGUCCAGAGGCUUUGCCUUUGUUAGUUAUACAUCGAGUGAUGAGGCUUCUGGUGCUAUCCAGGCUUUGGAUGGCAAGGAUUUUCAGGGCCGAAUGGUAAGAGUGAACUACGCCGUUGAGAAGUCUCGUACUGGUGGAUUUGGCAGCGGCGGCAGCUAUAGUGGCAGUAAUUAUGGAGCCAGUGGUGAUUAUGGUAGUGGUGGAACAAGCUUUACUAGUAAUGAUGGAAACUACACUGGUGGAGGCAGCGGAUAUGGUGACAGUAACUAUGGAAAUAGCGGUGGCGUCAACAGUUUAGGCAGCAGAAGUUACGGAGGCACAACCAGUUUUGGUGGCGAAGACAGCGGUGGAUAUGAUGGGACCACUGGAACAACUUUUGGCAAUCCGGGCAGGAGAGUUGGAAACAAGGAUUUUAAUCGAGACGUGAUAGAAGAGAAUAAUGAGGUCGAUAACGAUGAAGUUGAUGAUUAUGCUAAUACCAGGGGUUGAAAGAUUUCAUUAUCCUCCCUCUUUUCUGGGGAGCCACAUAGCGUGGUGAAAAAACUUGUACUGUGCCAAACCUGCUAAACAGAGCGUUAUGGGACUGCUUUAAUCCCUUUCUGAAUGAUCAUCUUCCAGAAUGUUCA